AUGCUCCCACGUUUUGCUGCAGUGAAGGCACCCCGCACACACAACCGUCGCCGCGUGACCGGAUCCAGCGGAAGGAGGAGGGAAGGAGGAGAGAGUGAGCCACAGAGGUCCAACAUGUCCCGGCGUGUGUUUACUUCCGCGGUGCUGCUCCUCCUCGUCGUGGUGAUGUGUUACGACACUGGGGCUGCAGCCAAUGAUAAUGGAGCGGCGUCGUGUCCAGUAUCUUCACCGGGGAAACAUUUUGCUUGGAGAGAUAAGAAAGGAGAAGAAACAGUGGAUUCGCUCCAUGCUCCCGCUCUUGUUGAGGUGAAUGGUGGCGUGUUUGCCGUUGCCGAAGCGCAGUGCACGAAGGAUGAAGAAUGCGUUUUCACUGGGAUUGCCUCGGAACUCCUGGAGUUUAAUGGUGAAACGCUAAAAGAGGAGUUGCAUGAGAGCAAACUGAAGACACAAGUACUGGAUGAAUGCUCUGCUUCGGAAGAAAGGCAAUGCCCCUCACAAGCAGUGGAACCGGACAGUUCCCAAAGAGUGAUGAAAUUACGUGUCGGCCGGCCAACAACACUUGUGAAAGGAAGUGAUAUUUACAUGCUUGUUGGAAACUACAGUCGGACAGCUGCCACUAAUCCUAAGGAGAGUGUAGGAGAUGAAUGGGGACUUUUGCUGGCGAGAGGAAACGUCAGUGGUGAAGAAAGUGGCAAAAGAGUAAACUGGAAUGAUACCUACCGUUUUCUCUGGACUGAUUUGAAAAAACAACAGCAGUCCUUGACAGGACUGAUUGGCGGCGGCGGAUCGGGUCUUAAGAUGAAGGACGGUCCGUUUCUGUUCCCAGUGGAAGGAACGAAAAAAGAGAAUGGGAAGACCAUUUCACUGAUUAUAUACUUUUCGGCCAAUGAUGGUUGGGUGCUGUCGAAGGGGAUGUCUGCCGAUGGCUGCAGUGUUCCCUCCGUCGUGGAGUGGGAGAAGGGAAAACUCAUGAUGAUGACUGCGUGUGAUGAUGGCCGCCGCAGGGUGUACGAGUCCGGUGACAGGGGGAAUUCGUGGACGGAGGCCCUCGGGACACUCUCGCGCGUGUGGGGCAACAAACAGGGCGUUAGGAGCGGGUUCACCACAGCGACUCUUGGCGGUGUUGGAGAUGAUAAUAAGAAGAAUGUGAUGCUUGUCACUCUGCCGGUGUAUUCCAAUGAAAAAGGUAACGAAAACGAAAAGGGCGUACUCCAUCUUUGGCUGACGGACAAUACGCACAUUGUUGAUAUUGGGCCGGUAUCCGAGGAAGAUGACGCUGCCGCCAGCUCACUGUUGUACAAAAGUGCUAAAGGUAAUAAUGAGCAGAAUGAUGAGUUGAUUGCACUGUACGAGAAGAAGAAGAAGGGCGAUGAAGACAAACCAUCACUCGGUAUGGUCUCUGUGCUUCUGAGUGCGCAGUUGAAGCGGGUGAAGGAGGUGCUGGCGAACUGGAAAGAAGUGGACGGCCGUGUCUCCAAGCUGUGCCCUUCUGAGAAGGAUGAAUCAACUGAAAAUGCCUGCAGCGCUGUUAAGAUCACGGAAGGGCUGGUUGGCUUUUUGUCCGGCAAUUUCUCUAAUGACACAUGGAGGGACGAGUACCUCGGGGUGAACGCCACAGUAACGGGUGAUGCAACAGUGGCAACAGGGUAUCCCGAUGGCGUGACGUUCAAAGGACGUGGUGCGUGGGCGGAGUGGCCUGUUGGCAAGAAGGGGGAGAAUCAGCUGUACCACUUUGCGAACUACAACUUCACUCUUUUGGCGACGGUGUCCAUCCACGGUGAGCCGACGAAGAGUGGUUCCAUUUCAUUGAUGGGUGCGAAGAUGGCUGGUGAUGACAAUACAGUACUCCUGGGAAUGUCGUACGAUAGCGGAAAGAAGCGAGCAGUGCUGUGCAGUGGCGGAAAGAACAAGGAGCAAAGCCGCACUUGGGAGCCACAGACACAGUACCAAGUGGCCAUUGUGCUACAGAAUGGCACCCAGGGCUCUGCGUACGUUGAUGGUGAACAUGUGGGAAAUGUGCAAUGCGAAUUGGAAAAUACGGAUUCUAAAGGGAUCUCACACUUCUUCAUUGGAGGGGAUGGAGACAACACAGUGGGCGACGAAGUUGUGUCUGUGACUGUGAGGAACGUCCUGCUGUACAACCGCCCGUUGACUUCCGAAGAGAUUGGCGCCCUCAACCCGAAUAAAGCCUCCAUUUCACCUUCUGAAGAUCUUACCGCAGCGGUGGUGAUGGAUACUCCUUCGACAGCGGUGAGCGGACCAGUUGCACAGAAAACCGUGUCCGUGUCCACUCCUGGCGGAUCCACAGUGAAACAUGAGUCGAGCGCAAGAUCUGGAGAGGAUGAGGGGACGGUGGGAGAAACGAAUGCGCAGGAGAAAGCGAUCCACUCACAUAACAGGGAAGUAAAUGGUACGGCACUCAACAGCAGCCCUGGAAAUUUUUCGCAAUUGAAUAACAGCGAUGCCAUCACCAUACGUGGGAGCGGACUGCUGCCGUUGCUCCUUCUGUUGGGACUGUGGGUGUUUGCGGCUCUGUGA